AUGAAUUGCCUACGAAAAACUCCUUUACGAGUAUUGACUAGAUAUUAUUGCGAAGGACCUUCAUCAAACCAAGGUGCAUCUGCACCUGUCUCGAAAGUGUUCGAUGUUCCUGGACUUAGUAGCGCAGUGGUUCAUCCAGCUUCAGGGCCUGUAGGACCUAACGUCGAACCUAAUAAAGAGGGGGCCUACAAAGUCCCGGAAUAUUUCUGUUACGACAAUAUGAGUUUCUUCGAGGCCGAAAUUGAGAUGGCUAAGUUCAGAUUACCUCAACCAUCUGCAAUUAAGGAGUAA